AUGAUUUUUGACUAAUUACAAAUGACUAAUUACCUCCUUCUUUUCGAAGUCGGUUAAAAAUAAAAUAAAAAGAAAAUCACAAAAUAUGGAAUUUAGAAAGAACAAAGUUAUUUGAUACGCAAUGGUAGAAAGAAAUCAACCCUGGCGAAGAUAUUUCAAGCAGAGACGUACAUUGGAAAGGCCAUGACUUUAUCCAUGACUCUGGUCAGACGCCAGAUCUCGCUCUUGUCCACAGAACACAUAAUUUCUGCUUUUCAUUUGAUAGAAAUUCGCUACGUUGACUAACAAAUAUUUUUCUUAUAACAAUUUUCGAGAGGAAUUCAUUAUUGAAUGAAAGUAAAAAUUUGCAUAAAUGGAGGGUGGAUGGGAUGAGGUAGGGCUGGUCUCCAAACCACAGCAACCUCCUCGUGGUGAGAACUGGGCAAUCGUUAUUAUUUGACGACUAAUUAAUAACUGUAUCAUUAUUUCUAUGGUAAUAGCAAAUAAUACAAGUGAAUAAUAAUGAAUGCAUGGUCAGUAUUGUUUAAUUAUGUACUUAUACAUAUAGCUAUCGUAGCAUACACGUGUCAUUUAGGUGUAUGCGAAAGGUGACGUAGUAUAGCAUGCCGUUAGUUGAUAGGGUUGAUAGCAUGCAAUAAUUGAGGUGGCGCUUAAAUCAGUUUCUGUUCGGCCUAAUUUUCGAUGAAACGUUGACUGUUUUACCAACGCGGAAUUCGAAGUUCGGUCUCGACGCUCUAAAGAAAUGGAUCUCUCAUUGGCCUUUUUUGAUCUUAAAAUUAGUACUUCAUUGUUACGUUGGGUGGCGUUUAUGAAAUAUGUAACAUACGCAGAAUGUUAAUUGCACAUGUACAUUUAUGUACUAAGGUAAUUUAUUAAUAAUCAAGAAAACAGGUUAUAAAGAAGGUUAAAGAUACAUACAUAAUGUACAUUUGUAAAUGGUAUUAAAUUUAUGUAACAACAAAAUUCGAAUAAUUUAUUAACAUGAGUUUACUUAUUAGAAGAGCUUUUACUUCAUUAAGUAAAUCUUUAAUAACUAAGGAACAUUUUAGUCCACAAGUGAUGAUUGUUCAUGCUUUUCACAACAAUCAAAUUUUGUAUAAUAGAAGAAAAAAAGCAUCCAGUGAUAUUUCACUCAAUUAUUUUAAUGCAUCAAAAAGCAAAGAGAAAGAAGUAUUCUUAGAAAUAAUACGUAUAUAUCUUAAAGAGAAUACUUUGCUAAGAGGACAUACACAAUUUAUAUUAAAGGCAUUAAAAUACAUGAAUGAAUUUGGUGUGAAUAAAGAUUUGGAAACGUACAAAGCAUUACUAGAUGUAUUUCCAAAAGGGAAAUUCAUACCAGUGAAUAUUUAUCAAGCCAUGUCUUAUCAUUAUCCAAAGCAACAAGAUACAGCUAUAGAAUUGCUUGCACAAAUGGAAGAUAAUUUUGUGAUGCCUGAUUAUGAAAUGCAGCAAAUGAUAUUAAAUAUUUUUGGCGAAAGAAGUUAUGUUAUUAAAAAAUUUUGGCGUAUGACUUAUUGGAUGCCAAAAUUUGCUCAUUUAAAUCCAUGGCCAGUCCCUGAACCUCCACCAUCAGACCCUAGAGAAUUAGCACACUUAGCAAUAGAAAAAAUAUCUAGCAUAGAUGUACAAAGCAAUGUUACCGAAUAUAGAACAAAAGAUGUACCAGAUGCUAUUGAUGAUACAUGGAUCGUAUCUGUUAUGAGCAGAUCACAACAAGAACUACUUGCUGUACAACCAACUGACAAAUCCUUAUCUGUAGAAGGUCCUUUUAUAAUUUGGACUGGAACUACCUGCAUGGAUUAUUUUGUACUAAAAGGGGAACCAAUAAAAAGAGAAAUUAUUUAUGAGAGUUAUGAUGAUAUUUCUAAUUUAGAAAUUCCCUUUUGGGAAAGGCAUCACUUUAAAAUACCUUAUACCAUUCAUGAACAGCCUGAUGGUGUGUAUUAUGCGAUAUGUGCUACUGGUACCUCUUCCAAAGAUUCUCUAUUAUCUUGGAUAAGGUGCUUAGAAAAAACAAAUCCCAUUCUAGAACAUAUACCAAUAGUGUUCAAAUUGAAAUCACUCACGCAAGAAAAAGCACUUAUUGAACAAGGUGAAAAUAAACCUGUUAUAGAACAAUUACCUUCUGAUACAGAUGCAUUGAAAGAAUAGUUAAAUGGUUUAUGAGCAUAAGUAACAUAAAAAUGUAUAAAUAAAGUAUUUAUAAUGCUUACUA